AUGAGUUUCCCUCAUGGCCUGCUCCGCCCGUCCUUCGCCGAGCCAUCUCAAGAAGCUCGCAAUUGCGCACGCUCGAGGAGAGGCCUUCAAGGACUGCUGCUUGGAUGCCGUGACCUCUGCUGCGAACCGAUACGCCUCGCAGAGGCUGCCGAAAAGGCUAGCGAGGGGGAAAGAAGAGCCAUCACAGACAUUCAGGAGAGCGUGAACGCUCUCUUGCUCGAGGUACUUGAGCGGCUUCCUCGAUCGGUCAGAUCCUUCGAGAGGGACAUGGACGACUGCCGUGACAUAAUUGAGCCGAAGUUCUUGGGCAUUUUCGAGGACUUCGAAAUGCCUCUGGAGAUGAUGAUCUCGAGACAGCAGCAGAGGGAGCUUUUCUGCAACGUUCCUCUCGUCAUGGACUUCCUGAAAUGGAAAUUCGCCCUCAGCCUGCCUCGCCUGCGCGACCCGAAGGAGGUUCUUGCGGAUUCCAACGAGAUCUUACAUCUGAGUCGUGGGGGAGUGGAAUGA